AUGCAUGUCCGCAAUCCUUAUCGUAUUCCACCGGACUUUACACAGCUAUCAGAAUCAUACCCCAAACUCAAACAACAUCUGAUACAUGAUCCUAAAACUGGAAAACCAACCAUCGAUUUCAAAGAUGAGACUGCUCAAAGACGCCUCACCGAAGCCAUCAUGCAGCGCGACUUCGGUGUCACCUUAGACAUCCCAUCCACGCGGUUGUGCCCGCCGAUAGUCACUUAUAGGCUUAAUUACGCAUUGUGGAUUCAAGACAUUGUACGAGCUCACGAAGAUGUGCUUGGAUCGCAUUCGCGCGCACGACCAAUUCGUGGAAUCGACAUAGGGACUGGGUCGACAGCUAUAUAUCCCAUUCUGAUAUGCAAAUUGGAAGCUACUUGGGAAAUGGUGGCGACAGAAAUCGACUACGAGUCGUAUGAGUCUGCUCGACGUAACAUAUCAAACAAUAAUAUGCAAUCUCGAAUACACGUCGAAAAGGCUUCUCCAGACCAGUCUAUUCUCUUCCCUCUUGAGGAUGAUCGUACUUUUGAAUUCACGAUGUGUAACCCGCCGUUCUACGGGAGUGCCGCCGAAGUUGUACAGUCUGCUGAAGCAAAGGAGUUUCCUCCCAAUGCUGUUUGUACAGGAGCAGACAUUGAGAUGAUAUAUCCGCAUGGCGGGGAAGAAGGGUUCGUGAUGAAGAUCUUGGAUGAAAGCGAACGAUUUAUGACUAGAUGCAAAUGGUAUACAUCGAUGCUAGGCAAGAUGUCGUCUGUAGCUACUAUCGUAGAAGUGCUGCGUCAGCGUUCGAUAACGAACUACGCCGUCACUGAAUUUGUGCAAGGCCAAACGCGCCGCUGGGCGAUUGCCUGGUCAUUCGCAGAUACUCGACUGCCAGACACAAUGGCUCGCAUUCAAUCAAUAUCACCCAAGCAUGCUCUAUACCCAUGUAUGCCUCCAAAAAACACUCUGGUGCAGGCAUUCCCUGGCCCUGCAACACAUCUUGUAUCCACAAAACUAAUAGAAACUUUGCAUGGCAUCGAAGGUGUUUCAUACACGACUACGUCACUAAAUUCUUUCUUCGUGGAAGCUCGCCAGAACACGUGGUCGAGGAGCGCUCGGAGGAGCCGGGCGAACAAGAAUAGUAGUAAAAAACCUGAUCCGGCGUCAUUGGACGCAGACGAUAUUUUGUCUGGUUCUCAACCUGCUCUAACCUGCAGUUGUAGAGUCCUCGCGGACACAGCCCAUGCUGAUCCCGUCAAUGUAGUAGAGAAUCAGUGGAUUUUUGGAAACGAUCGGGCACUUUUCGAGAGCUUUGUGGGGCAUGUCAGCCGGAAGGUUGGAAUGGGUUUGCGUGGUGUAAAAUAA